CCCAGAGAAUCCUGGAUGAAUGUUCCAGGUUUCUCUCAUUUGCCGUUCUUCCUGAGGGAAUUCUCAGCAUGGACAGCGUGGGUUUUGAGGAAGCAGCGGCUCUCCCUGCCCAGCAUUCCCAUGCUCCAGGCAGCCAGGAACUCCCGGGAUCUCCUUGGACUCUCCGAGGCAGAACUGGAAGAACAAUUCGUCAGAGGGGAUGGUCCAGGGGGUCAGGCCACAAAUAAGACCAACAACUGUGUUGUCCUGAAGCACAUUCCAUCUGGGAUCGUGGUGAAGUGUCACCAAACGAGGUCAGUGGAGAAGAACAGAAAGAUUGCCAGAGAAAUCAUGCAGGAAAAGGUUGAUCUUUUCUACAAAGGUGAAGAGAGCGAUGUUUAUAAAGAGAAAAAAGCAGCAGAGAAGAAGAAGCGGGAGAAAAAGAGAAGAGCAAAGGAAAACCUGGAAAGGAAAAAGCUUUUUAAAGAGAUGCAACAGCUGGAUAAGAAAUAAACACGUGAAACACUGACCUGCCCUGGUGGGGUAAGGGAAAUGUUUGUCAUGACACCUUUCAGACUAA